AUGGCGAAAGAAAGGGCCUUCAGCCAGGUUGUGCCGGUUUUCGGGCGCUACAAAGAAAGACGGCGGAAGAUUGAGCUUGGAAUUGUCGUUGAGCUGACAAGACAUGGCGGUAGUGACGCGUACCUUGUCAGCUCAACGACAAUUCCAAGCUCAAUCUUCGACGUCUUUCUUUGUAGCGCUCCGAAAACCGGCACAACCUGGCUGAAGGCCCUUUCUUUCGCCAUCGUCUCGAGAACCACCGUCGUCGACGACGGUUCCACCGCCGCAAACCCUUUUCAUUCCAAGUUGCCACAGGAUCCACCCAUCUCCCCUUCUCUUCUCUUCCGGAAUCCGUGUCCGGUUGUAGAAUCGUCUACGUUUGUAGAGACCCAAAGGAUACCUUUGUUUCAAGUAUCACUUCCUGGCAAAACUCGCAACGUCGAGAAACAUGGAACCAGUCCAUUUGACAAGGCAUUCGAGCUUUUCUGCAAUGGAGAAUCAUUCUACGGACCGUAUUGGGAUCAUGUUUUAGGGUAUUGGAAUGCAAGUUUGGAACAGCCGGACAGAAUCUUGUUCUUGAAAUACGAGGAGAUGAUGGAAGAUGCAUGUUUUUACACCAAGAAAUUAGCUGAGUUCAUGGGCUAUGGAUUCACACUAGAGGAAGAGAAGAAAGGAAUGGUUGAGAAGAUCGUGGAAAUGUGUAGCUUCGAGAAUUUAAGGAAUCUGGAAGUGAACAAGGAUGGAAAGGUUGGGAAGAACGGCCCAUGGGAGAUGAAGAAUAAUCUCUUCUUCGCGAAGGAAGAAUCAGAGACUGGGAAAAUCACUUGA